UCUUCUUCUUCGUUUUUGAGAGGUUUCAAGAACACAAAAUCCCCAAUUCAUAACUUUCUCAAUUCUUGAUCGAUUUCAACGUUUUUGGUGUCCAUUCCACUCGGUUUUUCGCCCUCUUUCUGUUUCUAGUGUUGGUUUCUUCGAUCUGCAAAGAUAUGGGACGAACAAACGAGGUUGCAGGAACUUCUAGACCACGCACGGGCACUUCCAAAGCUCCACAGAAAGAAGAUCCGAAUAAGCGUCCUGUUACGGGCGUAUGGGACAAAGAGGACACCAAGUUCAUGGCAAUUUUGAAAAAUGUUCCUGUUUUACCAACACGAGUCGCUUCCAAAAUAACGCUCGAUAUGCUCGGUUUGCUUGAGGAUGUUACGACGGUGUUUCAAACGCUCGGCAUGGGGAGAUUGUGGAGAGUUGAGCAUCGUGUGUACACUAAGCUUGUGACGGAAUUCAUAGCUACUUGUCGCCUCACAUACCAGAACCCGCAGAAACCAACAGCAAGUGAAGGAACACUCACAUUCUUCCUCAACAAACAGCAUUAUAGCAAGACUUUGUUCGAGAUCUGCGACAUGUAUGGGUUCACCAAGGGCGAAUCCGUUACAUUCCCGAAAUUAUCUUCUGAGGUUGCUAAUGACUUCUGGAACAAGAUUGCUGUGGGACCCUACCAGUCGCGUAAGGCGAAAAUUACUCUUAUCCGGAGUCCGGUUGUGCGAUAUGUCGCAAAGAUCAUCAGUAGUGUGUUGUACUUCAAACCCGUGAUCGCAUCAGUGACAGAGACUGAGUUGUCAAUGCUUUUCUAUGGCGUCAAGCAUCUGUUAGAAGACUAUACUGAUUUCCCAGCACCUGACGCUAAUGUAGCUGCAAUUCUGUGUGACGUGUUAGUAAAGAUGAAAACUUUUGUCCCCAAAUCCGCCGCGAAAAACAUCUUAGCUGGUACUACACUCACUCCAUUGUUUCUCGGCUGCAGGUUAGACCUCUCCAAAGUUGCGUAUGACUAUAAACAAGAGUGUAUGGAUAUUCAACAUCUGUACAAUACUACCUACCUCAAAAAGGGUAGGGUGUAUGUAUUCACGGGUAGGGAUGGUUCUUCUUGCUUCUGCAAGCUACCCAACCGGCAUAUCACCUCCCUUGUUUCUCUUGAUAAUUUGGAGUUCGCACUUGAUGAGCAGUAUUUGAUUCCUGAUCCUUCCGGGACCAUACCUAGACGUCGUAGUCACGCACAGGCUCCACCUACAGAUGAGCAUUUUGUCGAAGAGGAUGAGAUUCAGGAGGACUUAGAUGAUCAGGCGCCUCCGUCGCAUGCCCAACCGUACUUGUUGCUUCCAGAGGAUCCAGGACAGUUCCGCCUUUCACCACCACCUGCAAGUAACGACAUCUCCCAGCAGAUGGCAUGGAUGAUAGCAUCGACGAAGAGGAACAACAGCAUGAUGCACAGGAUGUGGAGAGCCAUAUCCAGGAUCAGGCCUUGUGUGUGUACUCGCGGAGAAGGAUCAGAUGAUGGAGACCGAGAGAACCGGUCUAAGGCCACCGAGGAUCGGCAUGCUGAGAGGUUGAUCCCUGCUGCUGGACAGAGUAGAGCUUCGACUUCGCGGCGUUCACAAGAGCAUUCUCCAGACACACGCUUAGGCAGGAGCAGGAGACAGCCAGGGGAGCAGAGCUCUAGCGAGAGCCCCACCCACCACCGUUGAGUACUACAGUAACUCACCCUUUUCCCUUGUUAUAUACCAUUUUUAUUUUCUUGCGUCCGUGUGGCAUCUUUUCUUUGAACUGUUUUCACGCCGAGUCGGUGUGAAGCAAGUCGGGGGGAGGCUGCCACUUGUCUACUAAUCUAGUUUGCAUUUUUGAUGUUUUUCUUUUGAGUCAUCGAGUCUGUUUUAUCGAGUCAAAAUCGUGUCUUUUAUUGAGUCAAAAUGUUGUCUGAGAACUAUGAUCUUUUCUUAGGGAAUUGCACCAUGUUUGAUUUAAUUGCCUUUGGGACCAUUUUAGCACUAUUCGAUAACUUGGAAGUUCAGGAAAAUCCAUCACUUGAUCACUUUAUAGUAGUCCCUAUCUCUUUGAAUUUUGGAUGAAUUGAGCUUAAUCUUAUAUACUUGAACUUAAUCUGGACUUAAUUUAUCUCACUUAGGGGCUUGAGAAUCAUGUAAUGGAUCAUACAUUCAGAGUUUUGUUCGCAUCAUUUUUACCACUCUUUGCUAACUCUGAAUGGCUAGACUCAUUUUUAGUCUAGUACCGCACCUGUUUCCCCACCCAUUGUUUGAAACCUCAUGCAUUCUUAUAUGAUCAUCAUGAUAUGCAUCCAUGUGCGAAAACUACGGAGUAUACGGACCGACAUAGCUUUCCUUUUGUUAGGAUAGUGAGUUGUAGUUUACUGGUUGUCGAUAUGUGAUGAGAUUGAGCCAUUGUGGUUUAGAGGUUAUAUUCAUGGGUAUAUGCUGCUGUUUGCGAUUGUUCUUGAUGCAGAUUUUUGUGAGACACCGGUUCCACUCCCCCGCUUCUAUAUAUAUAAAAAAAAAAAAAAAAAAAAAAAAAAAAAAAAAAAAAAA